AGGAUCUGGGGUGCCAUGAGGGGCGACAGAGGCCGAGGCGGGCGCUUUGGUUCCCGGGGAGGCCCGGGAGGAGGGUUCAGGCCCUUUGUGCCCCACAUCCCAUUUGAUUUCUAUUUGUGUGAAAUGGCCUUCCCUCGGGUUAAGCCAGCACCUGAUGAAUCUUCCUUCAGUGAGGCAUUGCUGAAAAGAAAUCGGGACCUUGCUCCUAAUUCUGCUGAACAGGCCGCUAUCCUUUCUCUGGUGACAAAAAUAAGCAAUGUGAUUGACAGUUUGAUUGUGGCUCCAGGGACAUUUGAAGUGCAGAUUGAAGAAGUGCGACAGGUUGGAUCAUAUAAAAAGGGCACAAUGACUACAGGACAUAAUGUGGCUGACCUGGUGGUCAUCCUAAAGAUUUUGCCAACGUUGGAAGCCGUUGCUGCCCUCGGGAACAAAAUCGUGGAAAGCCUACGAGCACAGGAUCUUUCUGAAGUUUUGACCAUGCUGACCAGUGAAACUGGCUUUGAGAUCAGUUCUUCUGAUGCUACAGUGAAGAUUCUCAUUACAACAGUGCCACCCAAUCUCCGAAAACUGGAUCCAGAACUCCAUUUGGACAUCAAGGUGUUGCAGAGUGCCUUAGCAGCCAUCCGCCAUGCCCGCUGGUUUGAAGAAAAUGCUUCUCAGUCCACAGUUAAAGUUCUCAUCAGACUUCUGAAGGACCUGAGGAUCCGUUUUCCUGGCUUUGAGCCCCUCACACCCUGGAUCCUUGACCUCCUCGGGCACUAUGCUGUGAUGAACAACCCCACCAGACAGCCUUUGGCCCUCAGUGUGGCAUACAGGCGUUGCUUGCAGAUUCUGGCUGCAGGACUGUUCUUGCCAGGGUCAAUGGGCAUCACAGACCCCUGUGAGAGUGGCAACUUCAGAGUAUACACGGUCAUGACUUUGGAACAGCAGGACAUGGUCUGCUACACAGCUCAGACUCUGGUCCGAAUCCUCUCACACGGUGGCUUUAGGAAGCUCCUUGGCCAGGAGGGUGAUGCCAGCUAUCUUGCUUCUGAAAUAUCUACCUGGGAUGGAGUGAUAGUGACACCUUCAGAAAAGGCUUAUGAGAAGCCACCAGAGAAGAAGGAAGGGGAGGAAGAGGAGGAGAAUACAGAAGAACCACCUCAAGGAGAAGAGGAGGAAAGCAUGGAGACUCAGGAGUGACUCCCUUCUCUCCACCCUUUCUUACCCAAGGGGAAGUUUGGAGCCUGAGCUAACUGCUACUGGGCUCUAUAUGGUGGCAUUUCUGAGGGCUGGGGGAGACAGGAAAGAAAAUAAAAAUAAACCACAGAAGUAAAAAAAAAAAAAAGUUAGGCUUUCUGGUGAACAAAACAUCAUGAUAUACUCCUAACACACCUAUUUUUGAGUAAUAUCAUUUUCAAUGGAUAAAACCCAAGGAUUCAUGUUUAUUUAGCACAUUAUUUUCAAAUAGAUAAUGUUUAAAGGAAUUAGGUUCAUUUAAACCUACAAGUCAUUUGCAAAUAAGGUUCUCAUUGGCAGUUUUCCUAUAAAAUAUUAAAAACAGAUAAACAACAUUUAAACAUGACAUUCAAGGUCAAAAUUGGCUCCCCAGCUACUUGGCAGGAUCAUUGUAACAAAUGUCUACUUCAUCAGUCCAAUUUUAUAUGACUGAGCCUCAUGGAAAUUCAGUUCUACACACCAAGCACAUGUUUUACAGCACUUAGUUAUAGAAUCUUGAAAGAAAUGACCUGACAGUGCAUACAUUGAACAUGUUCUAUUUUAUAUCCCAUUUCAAAUUCUGAAUGUAAACCAGAUUAUACAAAAGGAACGUUGGUUCCAGGGAAACUUGCUUUUAAAUUUGUUAUUUUAAAGAAUCAAAUAACAUGAGAGAAUAUUUUUAGUUUAAUUUUCACAAAUUUAUAAGCCAGAGAAAUAAAACAAAAACAACUA